AGAGAGAGUUCACUAUACCUAGCGGAUUCAACAGUACUGGGCACAACUCUAGAGAAUCCACUUAAAGGUGUGUGAACAAAAUUACAACAGAGAAAGCAGGAAAACAGGAGGAGAGAGAAGAGUGUGUACAAACAAGAAAAGGACAAAUCUGGGCGAUGCUUAGUGAGUGGUUUUGGUGGGAUCGGCUGUGGUUGCCGAGGCCGGUGACAUGGGAGGACCUACAGGACAGUGAGGGGCGUGUCUACGCCCGUGUGUCCCAUUUGUACAUCAUUCUACCUGUAGCAGUCCUGCUGCUAGGCUUAAGAGCUUUCUAUGAAAGGCUGAUUGCGGUGCCACUCGCUGAGGCUCUUGGGGUUAAAGACAAAAUUCACAAGAGAGCGUCACACAACCCCGUACUGGAAAAAUACUACAAAACACACUCUAAACACCCAACACAGGCAGAUAUAAAAGGUGUGUGUAAAAAGUUGGGCUGGUCGGAAAGGCAGGUGGAGCGCUGGUUCCGCAGACGGAGGAACCAAGACAGACCUGGAGUACUAAAGAAAUUCAAAGAAGCCAGUUGGCGGUUUGCCUUUUAUCUGUGUUCGUCUUUCUUCGGAGUGCUGGCUUUACAUGAUAAACCAUGGUUUUAUGAUCUACGGGAAGUGUGGGCAGGAUUUCCCAAACAAUCACUGCUGGACUCUCAGUACUGGUAUUACAUCAUUGAGAUGAGUUUUUAUGGUUCUUUACUGUUCAGUGUGGCUGCAGAUGUAAAACGUAAGGACUUUAAGGAGCAGUUGGUUCAUCACUGGGCCACACUAACACUGCUGUCCUUCUCCUGGUGUGCCAACUACAUCCGCAUUGGCACACUGGUCAUGCUGGUGCACGACGCAUCCGAUGUCCUACUCGAGUCUGCUAAGAUGUUUAACUAUGCUGGAUGGGAGACGACCUGCAACAGUAUCUUUGUGGUGUUCGCACUGGUCUUCAUGGUAACCAGACUCAUCAUUUUUCCUUUCUGGCUGAUCCACUGUACGUGGGUGUAUCCUCUGGACCAGUUCGAACCCUUUUUCGGCUAUUAUUUCUUUAAUGUCAUGCUUGUGGUGCUGCUGAUAUUGCACGUGUUCUGGGCUUCUUUGAUUCUCCGCAUGGUCAAAAAGUUUAUUUUUGGCAAACUGAAGGGUGAUGAGCGCAGCGAUGAAGAAGAGGAUGAGGAGGGUUCUGAGGAAGACUACACACACACCUACUCUAAUGGAUCAGGCAAUGGACUGUCUAAUGGCCAUUGACACAGAGGGAGCCCUUCCACAAAUAGCUUUUUGAUGCCAUGCAUGCAUAUAUGUCCAUAUUGGACACAUGAUUCAUCUGUGAAUUUUCUUUUUUACAUAGCCUUUCAUAUUAAGGUUUGUAUAUGUACAGAUAUUAUGGUAGAUAGAAUAAAAUCAAUACAAAUUGUUACUCAAGUUAACAGUCAUUUAAUAUUUUUAAACAUUCAUUUAUGAAUUAAAACUUGUUAGCAUGUGCCAGUCCAAAGAGAAGUUGAAUUUAUCAAUAUGAAAUCUCUUAUUCUCAUCAAGGCUGCAUUUAUUUGAUCAAAAAUACAGUAAAAACAGUAAUAUUGUGAAAUAUUAAUCCAAUUUAAAUUAACAAUUUUCUUUUUUCAAUCCAUUUAAAAUAUAAUGUAUUUCUGUGAUGCAAAGCUGAAUUGCCAGCAUCAUUACUCCAGUCUUUAGUGUCACAUGAUCCUUCAGAAAUCAUUCUAAUAUGCUGAUUUACUGCUCAAGAAAAAUUUAUUAUUAUUAUCAAAGUUGAAAAUAGUUGUGCUGCUUAAUAUUUUUGUGGAAACUGUGAUUUUAUCAGGAUGAACAGAAAGUUCAAAAGAACAGCAUUUAUUUAAAAUAGAAAUCUUUUGGAUCAUUCAUUUUGUAUCAAAUGUCUUUACUGUCACUUUUGAUCAAUUUAAUGCAUCCUUGCUGAAUAAAAGUAUUAAUCUUA